UUUGGCGUCUGCGCAGUGCGACGGGCUAGCGAGCGGCGGCUUUGCUGGCGGGAGCGGCAGCUUUUCUGUGGCGAGAGCGGUAUCUUUGCCGUAGAGAGUGGCUGCAACGCAGCUGCCAGAGGAGAGAUGCCGAGGGAGAUCAUCACCCUACAGUUGGGCCAGUGCGGCAAUCAGAUUGGGUUCGAGUUUUGGAAACAGCUGUGCGCCGAGCAUGGUAUCAGCCCCGAGGGCAUCGUGGAGGAGUUCGCCACCGAGGGCACUGAUCGCAAGGACGUCUUUUUCUACCAGGCAGACGAUGAGCACUACAUCCCGAGGGCAGUGCUGCUGGACCUGGAGCCCAGGGUGAUCCACUCCAUCCUCAACUCCCCUUAUGCCAAGCUCUACAACCCAGAGAACAUCUACCUGUCGGAGCAUGGAGGAGGAGCUGGCAACAACUGGGCCAGCGGAUUCUCCCAGGGAGAGAAGAUCCAUGAGGACAUUUUUGACAUCAUAGACCGGGAGGCGGAUGGCAGCGACAGCCUAGAGGGCUUCGUGCUGUGUCACUCCAUCGCUGGGGGAACAGGCUCUGGCCUGGGCUCCUACCUCUUAGAACGGCUCAACGACAGGUACCCCAAGAAGCUGGUGCAGACAUACUCAGUGUUUCCCAACCAGGACGAGAUGAGCGAUGUGGUGGUCCAGCCCUACAACUCACUGCUCACACUCAAGAGGCUGACCCAGAACGCCGACUGUGUGGUGGUGCUGGACAACACGGCCCUGAACCGGAUCGCCACAGACCGCCUGCACAUCCAGAAUCCCUCCUUCUCCCAGAUCAACCAGCUGGUGUCCACCAUCAUGUCAGCCAGCACCACCACCCUGCGCUACCCCGGCUACAUGAACAACGACCUCAUCGGCCUCAUCGCCUCGCUCAUCCCCACGCCACGGCUCCACUUCCUCAUGACGGGUUACACCCCCCUCACCACGGACCAGUCGGUGGCCAGCGUGAGAAAGACCACGGUCCUGGAUGUCAUGAGGCGACUGCUGCAGCCCAAGAACGUGAUGGUGUCCACAGGUCGGGAUCGCCAGACCAACCACUGCUACAUCGCCAUCCUCAACAUCAUCCAGGGGGAGGUGGACCCCACCCAGGUCCACAAGAGCUUGCAGAGGAUCCGGGAACGGAAACUGGCCAACUUCAUCCCCUGGGGCCCCGCCAGCAUCCAGGUGGCCCUGUCUAGGAAGUCGCCCUACCUGCCUUCUGCCCACAGGGUCAGUGGGCUCAUGAUGGCCAACCACACCAGCAUCUCCUCGCUCUUCGAGCGGACCUGUCGCCAGUACGACAAGCUGCGGAAGCGGGAGGCCUUCCUGGAGCAGUUCCGCAAGGAGGACAUCUUCAAGGAGAACUUUGAUGAACUGGACACAUCCAGGGAGAUUGUGCAGCAGCUCAUCGAUGAGUACCAUGCAGCCACAAGGCCAGACUACAUCUCCUGGGGCACCCAGGAGCAGUGAGUCCUCCAGACAGGGACCCUCAUCUGCCUUACUGGUUGGCCCAGGCCCUGCCUGACUGACCACCCCUCAGAGCACAGAUCAGGGACCUCGCACCUCUUUCUUACCAACACAUAUACCCAUACUCUCUGUUGACCUGAGGACACAUGUAAUCUCCUUGUGAGACUGUUCAUGUUUAAUAAAGCACUGGAUAUAAAUCAA